GUAAUUGAGACAUUGUUUAGCAACCUUUUUUUGUUUUCUUUGUUCCAUUUUGUGACUUUUGGUUUUUAAUUAAAUACAUUAUAUCAAUCUCUCAGGGAUGUUUUUAUCCGACAUUUGUGAUCCCAAGCGUCUUCCUAGGAAGCACCAAAGUGAGCUUAUAGAAGAAGAGCAGCAAGAGUCUGGUGAACCAGUGAUAGGUCGUCGUCCUCCUAUAGUGGAUUCUAUAGACUUUCUUUAUAUAGAUGAAGAAUAUUUAGCGGUCAACAAGCCUGCCGAUGUCCGCAUGGAUGGUGACUUUGAUGUCACUGUUACAAAGCUUGUCUAUCGUAAACUAGAGUCGGAAAAAGGAACUACUAGGAAACCGCGUUUUGUUCAUCGUUUGGAUUAUGCUACUUCUGGCGUUCUUAUUGCAGGUUUAAUGGAUCAAAGUGCUAGUUAUCUAGCAAAGCUAUUUCGUGAAAGGCUAGUGGAGAAGUUUUAUCUUGCUCUAGUACAUGGUUGGACACCUUGCAAGAAGUUUGUUAUGGAAGAAAGGAUAGCGAAUCAUCCUGUAGAUGGGUUUAUGAUGACGGUCAGUGCGGAUCGUGGAAAGAGUGCGAAAACAGAGUGCGUUCCGUUAAGUUUUGGUAUUUAUGGUGACCAUUACUUAGUAACCAAAGUGUUAUUGAAACCUUUUACUGGGAGGAGACAUCAAUUGAGAGUUCAUAUGAAGUAUCGUGGGUUUCCGAUUGUUGGAGAUGCGACGUAUGGAGUGGAUAGUGUGUAUGGACCGGAUGACGUUCGAACACCUCCUAGGAUGAUGCUUCAUGCUUGGAAGUUGAAGGUGCUGCGAGGUGGAGGUGAAGAGUUGUGGAUCGAAGCACCGGAUCCUUUCGAAAGUUGUUUUAUGGAGUUGGCCAAUGUGGUGUAGGAGAAAAGGGCGGUGAAGUGGAGACAGGCGGUAUCCUAUGAGCAACGCGUCGUUCAGGAGA